AGCGGUCGGAAAAGGCUGUCUUCAGCUGUUUUUUUUUCUUCCUUCGGCCGGUUGGGGAGUGGAGGAGGAGGAGGAGGAGGAGGUGGAGGUGGAGAAACGGGAACGGGAUAACGAAAGGAAAGAAAACACUUAAUACAUAAAUCGCGGAAUAUAGAUACAGACAACAGCCACGGACUGAAAUAUAUCCUAAACUGUCUCACUUCAGAUGUGCCCAUGUCAGCGUCAAUGUACGUCGAAUGACACCAGUUGAAGAUGAGAAGGCAAAAACGCAGACUGGCUGUUGGACGCGUAAAAGAGGAGAAUAUACAAAAUAUACAAGUUGAAGUGACCACUCUCAAGUUUGCUUAAUCGUAGGGCCAGCCUGAUGUGUCAGUAGAGGGAGCGCAUUCCCUGUAAACUGACAUGACCACUGGAGAGUGCUGUCAUCUUCCUGGAUCACUGUGUGACUGCACAGGCAACACCGCUCUGUCAAAGACAGUGGAGGAUUCCGACAUCCGACGAGCACAGUACGUUACCCAGGUCACCGCCAAGGACGGCAGACUCCUUUCCACUGUCAUCAAAGCACUGGGGCCGCAGAGUGAAGGGCCUAUCUGCCGAAUCUGCCAUGAGGGAGGCAGUGGAGAAGGACUGCUGUCCCCAUGCGAUUGCACUGGUACGCUGGGUACAGUGCACAAGAGCUGCCUGGAAAAGUGGCUUUCCUCCUCAAAUACAAGCUACUGUGAGCUGUGUCACACAGAGUUCACAGUUGAGAGACGGCCUCGGCCCCUUACAGAGGUAACAAAGUGGCUGAGAGACCCUGGACCUCGCAAUGAGAAGAGGACACUUUUUUGUGAUAUGGUCUGUUUCCUGUUCAUUACUCCUCUGGCUGCCAUCUCAGGCUGGCUAUGUCUUAGGGGAGCCCAGGACCAUCUGCAGUUCAACAGCCGGCUGGAAGCAGUGGGGCUCAUUGCUUUGACUAUUGCACUUUUCACCAUCUACGUCCUUUGGACCCUUGUUUCAUUCCGCUAUCACUGUCAGCUAUACUCCGAGUGGAGACGCACCAAUCAGAAGGUUCGCCUAUUGAUUCCUGAUGCCAAGGGCGCCCAUUCUACCCAGCAUUCCUUGCUCUCCACAAAGAUAAUGAAAAAGACUGCAGAUGAGACAAUUGUAUGAACUAUACACAGCACCCUAGCCCCAUUCCUAAUUUUUUGAGUUCUGGGGAAAUAGUGGAAUCAAUAAGAUUUAUAAAGUUUCAGCCUUCAAGGUCACCCUUUUCUUCUGUCAGUUUUGUCCCAGUAUAAUUUUGUGAGUGUAUCUGCGUGCUUCUUUACAAGCUCUUUCACUGAAUCCAAGCGCAAGCAUUGUGGGAUCAUCUUGUUCUCCGCAUCAAUAACGUGAAUCACCAACGUCCGGCAGCCAUCAAGAUUUUUUUUUUCUUUUUUUAAAUUUCUGAAACCAGCCUCUUUGAAAUUUGCAAAUGUUCAUUACUUUGUUUUGGUUUUGUUUGAUUUCAUCCAUUCUCUGAUCAUUUUUGCCUAUGUCAGUACCCCAGACAUUCCUCUUCAGGUGAUACUCGUAUGUUGUUAAAAUAAGUAGUUCAAUUUUGCAUACAAGAGACUGUACUUACCAGCAGAUACACGCUGAUCUAAUGAUGUUAAUUUGUUUUCUAGGGGGGAAUAAUAUUGCAGUUUACAUCCGUAUACCUGCCUGUUUUGUCAGUCAUUAACAACUUCUCUUAAAUAACUAUAGUAUAUUACAUGUCCUUUUGUUACAAUAGAUUUUCCAACUGUUUAUACUAUUUUUCUGGUGGAGCCGAGAGGGUGAAGUGCAUGAAUAUUUUAUGAAACUGGUGAAUAAUGAAUACGUCGUAGAUAUAUGUAGGUAGGUUACCCCGUAAAAGCUAUCUAUCUGUCUAUGCCCCUUCCACACCGUCCCAUGCUCCUUUCCCUCUGCCCCCACUGUGGUAGUGGACCUUGAAUGGUGUAUAAUUUCUUUUCUCUGUAGACAGCCAGAGAGACCACCAUUUGAGCUCUGCUGUCCACAAGUAUGUGCAAUAAUGUUUUAUAUCCUAUCAUUGUUAAAGAUUGUGGCACAGUGCUGGAAGAAAGUAGUGAAGUGAAUAAACGAGUUCACACUUAAAAGGUACACACAAAUGUGUUUUCUUGCAUGCUGAAGAGCAUCUUUUUUUAAAGAAAGUGUGAUUCAAUAAAGAUUUUUUAAAAAUCCAUCUGUUUAGACGUAAUGGACUGGAAGGACAUUUUUUUCCUUUUUUUUUUUGCAGUCAGUUUUGAA